AUGACUCACCAUAAGCACACCUCCACAGUAUCUCCACCUCCUCCAUUUACCUUCCCUCAAUGCAAAAAACAAGGAAAAACUCAGCAACCACCUAUUAUGCAAACACCCUCUUCAAAAUCCACAAGUGAGAAGUUAACAGUUAGAUCACUGAAGAAAGAAGCAAGAAGGAAAUCCUGUAGCAACACAAAUUUGAUGUCUAUUGGUUCUGCUCUAGGCCACAGGCAUCCUGAAGCCAACACAGCAACAGAAAGACAACAACUUUGGGAAAAUAUCACCUUUCAUGCAGGCAACCUGGCUCAAUCCCCAUGGCUUCUAAUGGGAGAUUUCAAUGUCAUCCCUAAUACUAAUGAGAAGCAUGGUGGAAACAUGAGAUGGUGCCCAGCCAUGAUGGAUUUCAAAGAAUGCCUGCAAAAAGCUGAACUUGAAGACCUUAAAUUUAAUGGAAUCUUGUACACCUGGGAUCUCAGACCACAGUCCCAUCUUGGUUUCCUUGAAUUUCAACAUCCCAAAAAGGAACAUCCCAUUCAGAAACUCAAAUUGCUGAAACAAGCCCUCAAAAAUAACUGCAAAAAGGAAUUCACAUAUAUUGGCUUGAAGCUACAUGCAGUCAAAUUGGAGCUUGAUGCCUGCCAAACUGACGUUGACAUAGAUCCAAGUAAUGAAGACCUCAGACAUAUGGAGAAAAUUUUAACAAGUGAAUAUCUAAGGCUGGCCAAGCACCAAGAAGACAUGAUGAGGCAGAAAUCAAGAAUGACUUGGCUAAAGUUGGGUGACAGCAACACCUCCUACUUCCAUAAAUCCCUCUCCUCCAGAAAUAACAGAAAGAAAAUUGUAUCUCUCACCACUAAGAAUGGUCAGGUCCUAACAGAUUGUGAAGCCAUUUAA